GAUUUUUUUAUCUGUGAUCAUGUGUAGAUAAAAUUCUGCAAUUAAUUAUAUGAGUUUGUGGUGUUUUUGUAAACGUUAAAGGUGGUCUCAGUAAAAAAUAAGACAUCUUAGAAAAAUGACAGGUGACAGUUUGACAACCGUCAACGUGAAGUUCGUUCAAGAAGUAACGGACGCGCGAAUUUUGAAUUUGAUUCAACAUUUUGAAAACAAAUUUCGCGAGAAGGCUGAUUAUUUUGUUAGAGUACCUGGACGUGUAAAUUUAAUAGGAGAGCACAUAGACUAUUGUGGAUAUGCAGUUUUACCAAUGGCUCUAUCUCAAGACAUUAUUGUCGCUUGCAAAACUACCAAUGACAACAACAUUUAUCUGAGUAAUGUUGAUGAAAAAUAUCAGAGCUAUAAUUGCCGAGCUGAUGAUAUAAAAAUUUCCAACGAGCGUCCACUAUGGUACGACUACGUUCUAUCAGGCAUCAAAGGAGCCCUGGACGAAUUCUCAAGUCUAAAGUCUACAAAAUCUACUACCAAUGGUCAUGGUGAAUCCAAUGGUAGCUCCAAUGGUGACAAUGGUGUCCACCAAAACCAUGGUGCAGAGUUCCAAGGAAUCAAAUUGGCUUUUUCUGGUACUGUACCACCUGCAGCAGGGUUGUCCAGCUCGAGUGCACUUGUUAGUGCAAGUUUGCUGUCUGUUGCAUAUUUUUUGAAGCUAGAUUUAAAUCGCCAAAAAUUGGCAACACUAUCAGCAAUAUCUGAAAGGUAUGUCGGGACAUUGAGUGGAGGAAUGGAUCAAGCAAUUGCCUUCUUAGGACAAAAAGGUUGUGCCUCCUACAUCGAGUUCAACCCCCUGACUGCACAGGCAGUCGAGUUGCCAAAUGAGGCCACCUUCGUGAUCGCCCACAGUCUGCACGAGGCGAACAAGGCGGCUAACCAAAACUAUAACAUCAGGGUCAUUGAGUGUCAAUUGGCCAGUAAGAUUAUUGCAAAACAUCAGAACCUUUCCUGGAAAGAAAUCCAGACCCCAAAACAACUCCAAGAUGCCUUGAAAAUAGAUUUACCCCAAAUGAUAACUUUAUGUGACCAAAUAUUAACAAAAGAAAUUUACAGUCGAGAAGAUAUUUGUGAACUUUUGGAAAUAUCCCAAAAAAGCUUUUUAGAAAACUUGCUGACACCAAAAGUCAGAAACUUGCUGUUUGAGUUCAAAUUGAGACAGAGGGCACUCCAUGUAUUUAAUGAGGCUUAUCGUGUAACCAAAUUCAAAGAAAUAUGUUCAUCAAAGGAUGAUAAAUCUAAAAACAAUUUAGAAAAACUUGGACAAUUAAUGAAAGAGUCACAUGAUUCUCUUAAAAGUUUAUAUGAGUGCUCACAUGAAAACUUGGAUCGAAUUGUUGAAAUUGGAAAAAGUCUUAAUGUGAAAUCAAGACUAACAGGAGCAGGGUGGGGAGGUUGCAUAGUGGCCCUAUGUGAAAAAGGCCAUGAAAAGGUCUACAUCGAAGUAUUGAAACAAGAAUAUUAUUUAAAAUUUCGGAAAGAUCAACUUUUAGGAAAAACUAUUGAUGAACUGGUGUUCAGUACACAACCACAAAAUGGAGCUGAGAUUUUUGUUGUAGAUUGAAUGUUGCUGAAUUGAUAUUUUUAGGAUUUUACCC